GGCCUGACCCCCCGUGACGGACUCUAACGUCAUGUCCCCGGACCAACCCGGGGCAAAAAAAAGAAGGGCUAGAAUCCUUGGGGAAGCCCCGGUGCUCUGGUCGCCUCCGAACCUGCUCCGGCGGUCCAAUGAGAAAAUGGUGGUUAAAUAGGCGACUGACCUUCCCCGCAUCGACUCGUGGCAAGUGUGUUGUUAGUGUCACUAUGUCGCCACAGAAGCCCGUGGGGUAUAAGCUUGGUCUGGGAAAAGUUGGUUCUGUAAAAAAAAAAAGAUGAAGCAGAAUUAACUACACAGUGCUUACUUGUCGUAUUUAUUUACCUUAUUUGUUCGUUGGACGUCAGAAUGGCACCCGUAUCAGUCCUCACGGCGGAAGAGAAGGAGCAUUUCCUUGCGCACGGUUGGUUGAAGAUCCCUGGCGCUUUCACUCCAGAGCAAGCCGCUGUGAUUACUAAAGAUGUCUGGACACGCCUGGGCAUGUCGCCGACUGACAAGUCAACCUGGAAUGCGUCCCGCACAAACAUGCCGUGGCAUUUCACCUUCGACGCCGCCGAGUUCGCGCCGCGGGCCUGGGCGGCCAUCUGCGAGCUGUGUGGCGGCGAGGAGCGCGUCACGGACGACUCGAGACUCUGGCGGGACUCGCUGAUCGUCAACCUGGGCACCCCCGAGAAGGAAGGCAAGCCAACGCCGCCGCAGGAGCUGGAGAACUGGCACGUCGACGGCGACUUCUUCGUCCACUACCUGGACAGCCCCGAGCAGGGCCUUCUGGUGAUCCCGCUGUUCACCGACAUCCCGCCCGACGGCGGCGGGACCGUCAUCUGCCCCGAGGCCAUGCCCAAGGUCGCCAGGCACCUGUACGCUCACCCCGAGGGGGUGUCGCCGCGCAUGACGCCCCGGGGCCAGCCCGACUUCACAAAGGAGAAGAAUCUGGACUGGUUCAAUGGCCUCGCUAAGGAGUCGACCGAGUUCGUCGAGGCCCAUGGGAAGUGCGGCGAUCUCUUCCUCCUGCACCCCCUCAUGCUGCAUUCGGCGUCAAGUAACGCGUUGAGGAACGUGCGGAUCAUCACGAAUCCGCCCGUGGCUGUCAAGGAGCCGUUCAACUUUGACAGGGCGGACGGGAACUACAGCCUCGUCGAGCAGACGACGCUCAGGGCCCUGGGCAAGGACAGGCUGGAGGGGUGGAAGAUCGCGGGACCCAGGGAGGAGGUGGUUCCGGAGAGGGUGAGGAUCCAGGAGAGGAUGAAGAGGGAGGAACUCAGGAGGCUGGAGGCGCUGAAGAGGGCCGAUGAUGCUGCCGUCGCCGCGAUGCAUGUCACGGCGACGGCAUGAUAAACACAGCGAGCGGGCUUACAAGUAUUACCGAUUAGCUAUAUGAGUGUUACUUAAACCAGAUUGUGAUAUUUAUAUACCAUUCAGAGAAGCUUAAUUAUACGUGUGGUGGACAAGGUAGUACAUAUGAAUUGACGCUAGCAUACAUGCACAUUCCAGGUUUAAUU